CACUAUCUCACAAUGUCAAAGAAGGGUGCCAACUUUCGAGCUAAAGGAGAAAGACCCGAUGCCCUAGCUGUCUUGCAAGCUGCCAAUGAAGAGCUCAGGGCAAAACUCACAGACAUUCAAAUAGAGCUCCAGCAAGAAAAGAGUAAGGUCAGCAAGUUGGAAAGAGAGAAAAAUCAGGAAGUUAAGCAAAUCAAAGAACACGAACAACAUAAAAACAUAGUGAUUGUAACAGAACUCAAAGCUAAACUUCAUGAAGAAAAAAUGAAGGAGCUACAGGCUGUCCGAGAAGGACUUUUAAGACAACACGAAGCUGAGCUUCUUAGAGUCAUAAAAAUUAAGGAUAAUGAAAUCCAGAGACUACAGGCCUUACUCACUACUGUACGGGAUGGCACACCUGAUAAGGUUAAGACAGUGCUUUUCUCUGAAGCCAAGGAGGAGGCCAAGAAAGGAUUUGAAGUGGAGAAAACCAAAAUGCAACAGGAAAUUUCAGAGCUCAAGGGAGCUAAAAAACAAGUGGAAGAAGCUUUAUCUGUGGUCAUUCAAGCUGACAAAAUGAAAGCAGCAGAGAUACGGAGUGUGUAUCACCUACACCAGGAAGAAAUCACCAGAAUAAAGCGAGAAUGCGAGCGGGAAAUUCGCAGGCUGAUGGAGGAGAUCAAAUUUAAAGACAGAGCAGUCUACGUGCUGGAAAGAGAGUUAGGGGUUCAAGCCGGGCAUGCUCAGAGACUUCAGCUUCAAAAGGAGGCUUUAGAUGAACAACUUUCCCAGUUCAGAGAGGCUGACCGGCAUCUGAGCAGCCCCAAGCGGGAACUUCCUCAUCCAAGUGGUGCAGGAGACACUUCAGAACAAUCAGGAAGUCCUGAACAGCAGUUAGAUGAAAGAGAUGCUCGGCGGUUCCAACUGAAAAUUGCUGAACUAAGUGCAAUCAUCAGGAAACUGGAAGACCGGAAUGCUUUAUUGUCGGAGGAACGGAAUGAGCUUCUGAAACGUCUAAGAGAAGCAGAAAGUCAGUACAAACCACUGCUAGACAAAAACAGGCGACUAAGUAGGAAGAAUGAGGAUUUGUCUCAUGCCUUGCGUCGUAUGGAAAAUAAAUUAAAAUUUGUAACACAGGAGAAUUUAGAAAUGAGACAAAGAGUAAGGACAAUACGGAGACCAAGCUCUUUGAAUGACCUUGAUCAGAGUCAAGAUGAGAGAGAAGUUGAAUUUCUAAGGCUACAAAUUAUUGAACAGCAAAACAUCAUAGAUGAACUUUCAAAGACCCUAGAAACUGCUGGCUAUGUGAAGAGUGUAAUAGAGCGUGAUAAACUAUUAAGGUACAGGAAACAAAAGAAGAAAUUUGCAAAAUUUCCCAAGAAGCCAGUGGUGGAGACGUUUUUUGGGUAUGACGAAGAAGCUUCUCUUGAAUCUGAUGGCUCUUCUAUUUCAUAUCAAACUGAUCGGACAGAUCAAACUCCCUGCACGCCUGACGAUGACUUGGAAGAGGGCAUGGCAAAAGAAGAAACAGAACUGAGAUUCCGACAGUUGACCAUGGAAUAUCAAGCCUUACAGAGGGCGUAUGCUCUGUUGCAAGAGCAGGUUGGAGGAACGUUGGAUGCAGAACGAGAAGUUAAGACUCGUGAGCAGCUUCAAGCAGAAAUCCAGAGAUCCCAAGCACAAAUAGAGGAUCUAGAAAAGGCACUUGCUGAGCAAGGACAGGACAUGAAGUGGAUUGAAGAAAAGCAGGCAUUAUACCGAAGAAACCAGGAGCUUGUUGACAAGAUAAAACAAAUGGAGACAGAAGAGGCUCGAUUAAAGCAUGAUGUUCAAGAUGCAAAAGAUCAAAAUGAACUCUUGGAAUUUAGAAUAUUAGAACUUGAAGAGAGAGAAAGACGAUCGCCAGCUAUCAAUUUUCAUCACAUUCCUUUUACUGAGGGGAAGAGCCCCCUCCAAGUCUAUUGUGAGGCAGAAGGUGUGACAGAUAUUCUAGUAGCAGAAUUGAUGAAAAAAUUGGACAUUUUAGGGGAUAACGCCGUAAGUAACUUGACAAAUGAAGAGCAAGUAAUUGUAAUACAAGCAAGGACAGUUUUGACAUUGGCAGAAAAGUGGCUACAGCAGAUAGAAGUGACAGAAUCGGCCCUACAGCAAAAGAUGCUAGAUUUGGAGAAUGAAAAGGAACUGUUUAGUAAACAAAAGGGAUAUUUGGAUGAGGAACUUGAUUACAGGAAGCAGUCUCUGGAUCAAGCACAUAAGCACAUUCUGGAAUUAGAAGCCAUGCUGUAUGAUGCCCUACAGCAGGAAGCAGGAGCCAAAAUGUUAGAAAUACUCUCAGAAGAGGAAAGAGAGAAGCUGAAGAAUGCUGUUGAGCAAUGGAAACGACAGGUUAUGAGUGAACUCCGGGAACGGGAUGCCCAGAUUCUUCGGGAAAGAAUGGAGCUCAUUCAACAUGCACAGCAGAGGAUUAAGGAGCUAGAAGAAAGAAUCGAGGGUCAAAAAAGACAAAUAAAAGAAUUAGAAGAAAAGUUUUUAUUUUUGUUUUUAUUUUUCUCUUUAGCUUUCAUUCUUUGGUCAUAG